AUGUACGACGACUCCUGGUACAGCUUCGUGCCCGACGUGGCCAAGAAGGCCGCCUCUGCCGCGCAAGGGUCUGGCCACCGUCGCAAGGAGUCGCUGCUGCAGCAGCCCAACGGCAUCGCACAAGCGUCAGAUACCCCCGAAGCUCUCGACGAGAUCUUUGAAGAGAUCGAAGACACAAACACGCCCCCGGAGGCCACGGUUCUGCGCCGCGCCAAGUCGUAUUCCGACUUCUACCACGUCGUUCGAGCUCAUUUGGCCAAAGACGAGCAGAAGAAGAGGAGGAAGCGGAGGAAGGACAAGAAUUGGGAUGCCCUGGACGUCGCGGCGCAGGUCAAUGACCCCAGCCUGAGUCGCAGGCCAGUGCUGGACCAUUGUGACGAGCAGCUUCUCGAAGCCAGCCAGCAGGAAUACUUGCUGUACAAAGACCAAUUGACGCUGACUGAACGACACCUCGAUGCUCUCAUUGACGACACGAACGCUGCUCUAAAUCUCCUGACGACGCUCUCCGACUCGUUCCAAUCUGUGGAGGCCCAGACUUCGUCGUUCCAGUCGCAAUGCGAGGAACUGUUGUCCGAGCAGCAGAGACUCGAGAAGCUUGCGGACGAGGUCGGCACCGAUAUCCACUUCUAUCUGUAUCUGGACAACGUCACAAGACGCCUGAACGCGCCUGGUGCGGGCCGUUUGGUAGACGACGACUCGUUCGGCGAGGUCCUGAGGAACUUGGAUUCCUGCAUAAACUUCAUGUCUAAACAUACAACAUACCGUGAUGCUGAAUCUUACCUUGCGCGCUAUGAGUCUCUGCUCACCAAGGCGCUGCAUCUGCUCGAGGUUGGCUUCACGAACCGACUGGACAGCAUCUCAUCCGAGAUCGCAGGUCAAAUUGCAGCGACAAAGUCGGAAGCGACGCGGCAUGCGAUCGCCUACGGCCGCUUCCAAGAUAUGAUUCUGGACUCGUACUCGUUGAUCCCGAACAUCCACAAAGUCGUCAACAGCGUGUACGACGAAUACGGUCUUCCCAUCGCUGGUGUCGCCAAGGAGAUAUACUCCAACACCGUCAGCAACCUCUUCCAGUCGUAUCUCGCCGUCCGCGAUCGCGACUUGAAGCUCAUGAUGCAGCAUGAUGUGGACGAGUUUAAGAAGGAGAUCAAGGACCUGUCUGUGGAGACGGCGUCGAGAAACUACAUCAAGCAGACCUUCGAACGCGCCUUCAACGAGUCUAACCUGUUUGCUAAAAUCUUUGGCCUGGAUCUCCAAUGGAGCUCAGACCUCGAGUCUGCCUAUAUGGUUCUGAAGUCAAACAACAGGUCGCUCGUUAACCCGGCCAACAUUGUGCACCUGGCUACAAACCUGCAAUCCGCCCUGCAAUCCGCUGACCUCGAUACGAUCUGCAGUGUCGUCGGCUGGUUGACGAAUGAGUACCUGGUUCUCGACUACGAUGAAGAGGAGUCUCCUUUUGCUCGUCAGUGCCGAGAACUCAGUGCUAGGCUGUUGACGGAGCACCUGUGGGUAUUCACCGACAACUCCUUCGAGGCGGAGAUCACCAAGACGGUUACCAAGGCCGUGGUGAAAGACGACGCACUCACAAUCGGGCCCGUUAUUAAUGGCCUGUCUACGUCCAACGCGUACCCCACGGUGAAGCAGGCGUUGACGCUGCUGUCCAUGUACGAUCAAGCCAUGCCGAAAGAACGAAGCCAAAAGAACAGCCAAGUCGUCUUCAAGAUCGUCCGCGAAACGAUUCAAAUUCUGCAACGCGCCGAAGCACGCAUCAAGUCCAUCAAAGCUGGAACCGACGCCGAUCUCUUCAUGGUCAAGAACCUCCUCAUCAUCAAGAACGAACUUGUGUCUCUCGAGAUUGGCGACAUCCGCAGCGACGCCGCCGCCAUGCAGCACUUUGGCCAUAUCUGGGACCACCUGAGCCCUCAGAACUGGGUCGGCCUUGUCAGCAACAUCAUCAGCAUCGGCUCGCUCUGGUCACGUGGUGGCACGCAGCAACCGUCGGUCACGGCGAAGACGUUGACGGUGGAAGACAUGAGCGAGCAGCUUGAUGAGCUGCUGAGGCAGUCGAUCGUCGCCUUCACUCAGCGUUGGGGCAAGCUGAUGAACGACGCGAGAGAAAGAAAGGUGGGAGUGAAGCCGAUUGGCAAGGUCGAGAAGGAGCUGGACGAGGUGUUGCAACGGGCAUUCAGCAAUCAGCCUGAGGUCAUUGGGAAGCUCAAGGAGGCUAUCCAGAUUAAUGCGCAGGCGCAGGAGGCGGCGAAAGGGGAGAAGAAGGGUAUCAGGCGGUACUAG